AAGGUGCAGUAUUUUAUCUGUAAGAAUCUUGUAUAGUUUUUUGUCUUGAUCUUGAUGAUAAGUUGGGCGCGUGAAUAGUCAUGUGAUGAAUCAACUGUACUUUUUAUUUAUUAUUAUCAAGAUAAGCAGUAUUUCGCACAUUGACAGAUUGGGAGAUCACGCCCGCUGAUAUCAUCUGACUGCGGGCACUUAUCGACCACUCAAUUGUGCUUUAUCAGCGAUUGGUUCACAUUUUUCUAUGCUCAGACGUAAUUGUGAUGUAUGGGAAUGGGCCAUUCCAGCUGAUAUCGCUUGCGUUAGAAUGAACACCAAGUACAAAUAGAUCGAUUAUCCAGCAACAAUCGUCAGUCGAAUUCUGCAACAGUGAGGUGUAAACUUGUGUUCCUGGGCGUUAUAUUUUACGAUAAAAAUGGCCGGCUACCGGCAAGGAUUCGACAAGUUCCUGCUGCUGUUGUGGAAAAACUGGCGACUGCAACUGCGCCACCCAAUUCAGACCUUCUUCGAGAUUCUAGUUCCGGUGUUUUUCUGCGCCAUCUUGGUAGCGGUGCGCUCUCUGGCUGAGAGUGAGGUGGUUGAUGUUACGACCUUUUCUGAUUUUCACCUGGAUCGUAUAUAUAAUGGAGUUGAUUUAACUGAUUAUCACGUGGCCUAUUCGCCAAACCACACGGAUGUGACUGGAAUUGUUAAUGAUGCGCUUCUUAAACUCAAUUCCCCUACUGGCAUGACAGCGUGGGGGUACUCGACGGGACGUGAAUUAGAAAACGCUUUAGUUGCCAAUCCGAACUUACAAAAAGUCGGCAUCGUUUUUCCGGACAACUUUAAAGGCCUUUCCAAAAAAAUGGAGUUUGCUUUGAGAUUUCCUUCCGAAAUGCAAAGGAUUUUCAGUUCAGUAUCUGUCGACACAUGGAAAACCAAUAUUCUGUAUCCGGUAUUUCAACUUCCGGGGCCACGUGAUCAAUCAUACUACACCGCUUCACCAGAUUACUAUAGUGAGGGAUUUCUUUUUCUCCAAAGCGCAAUUUCUAGUUCAAUUGCCAAAGCACAAGCUAUAAAAUACGGAAAGUUGGAUUUUGAAGAACCAGAGGUUAAGCUGCGGCGGUUUCCAUAUCCUUCCUACAUUGACGACAUUUUACUGCAGGCCAUGUCGACCAUGAUCAGUUUAAUCAUGGUGCUUGCUUUUCAAUAUACGGCCAUUAGCAUUAUCAAGGUUAUCACUACCGAAAAAGAGCGUCAGUUAAAGGAAGCCAUGAAAAUUAUGGGAUUACCUGGUUGGUUGCAUUGGACAGCGUGGUUUACAAAGUCUUUCCUCUUUAUGAUCAUCUCCGUCACGUUGAUGGUGGCACUUUUUAAGAUCGACGCUUGGUACGAUGAGAAUGUCCCUGCAGUGUUACCAAAGUGCAAUUUUAUUCUGCUGUUCAUUUUCCUCGUUUUGUUCAUAAUUGCGACGAUUACGCUUUGUUUUGCUAUUAGUGUUUUCUUCAACAAAGCAAAUAUGGCGGCUGGUAUCGGUGGCGUACUAUUCUUUCUGUUCAUGGUACCAUAUACAAUCCUAAACAUGAAGUAUCAGGAAUUGACGUUGUCUACCAAAAUGUCGGCCUCAUUGAUGUCCAACACGGCAAUGUCGUACGGUUUUCAGCUUAUCUGCAUGUUCGAAACAACAGGCGCAGGUUUACAGUGGGACAACUUGUUCAGUCCCGUGACACCUGACGAUAACAUCACAAUGGCACAUGUUUUCCUAAUGCUGAUCAUCGAUAGUAUUAUCUACAUGUGUAUUGCACUGUACGUUGAAGCCAUCUAUCCGGGCAAAUAUGGCGUGGCCAAACCGUGGCACUUCAUCUUUACGUGGCCCUUUGAAAAGAAAGCCGAAUUUAAUGGUGCGAUUCCCGGCGAUAUGAACACAGACCGUAGAAACUACGAAGAAGACCCAAGAGGACUCAAAGCAGGUAUCCACAUUCGUGGCUUAACAAAAAUCUACGGUGAUAAAACAGCAGUCAAUCAAAUGCAUUUGAAAAUGUAUGAAGAUCAAAUCACAGUUCUUCUGGGUCACAAUGGCGCUGGUAAGACAACGACAAUGUCGAUGCUAACAGGGCUUGAGAUUCCCUCAGCCGGUACAGCAACCAUCAACUCGCAUGAUUUACGAACCGAAAUGGGUCAAGUGCGCAAUAGUCUCGGCCUUUGCCCCCAACACAACAUUCUCUUUGAUGAACUCACCGUUGCCGAACACAUCUACUUCUUUAGUAGAUUAAAGGGUAUGAAAGACAAAGCCAUUGCUCAGGAAAUCAAUGAUUAUCUUAGUUUAUUACAACUUGAGGAUAAACGCAAUAAUCAAUCCAAAACAUUAUCGGGUGGCAUGAAACGCAAGCUGUCAGUAGCUGUGGCAUUCUGUGGCGGGUCCAAGGUGGUAAUGCUGGACGAACCCACCGCUGGAAUGGACCCUUCUGCUAGAAGAGCAUUGUGGGAGUUAGUGGAGGGUCAAAAGAAGGGUCGAACAAUAAUGUUGACAACGCAUUUCAUGGACGAGGCUGAUUUAUUGGGAGAUAGGAUUGCUAUCAUGGCGGGCGGAGAGUUGCAGUGUUGUGGCUCUAGUUUCUUCCUGAAGAAAAGAUACGGCGCUGGGUAUAGGUUGAUUAUGGAUAAACUGCCGCAUUGCAAUGUAGAUCAAGUUACCAAAGCGUUGACGCAGCAUAUUCCGCAUCUUAAGGUUGAUUCCAACGUUGGAUCCGAGUUGAGCUACCUACUCAACGAGGAAGAUUCCGUGCACUUUGAGAAAAUGCUUUCUGCUCUUGAGAUGAAUCUUAAUUCAUUGGGCAUUGGUAGUUAUGGCAUCUCCUUAACAACAUUAGAAGAAGUUUUUAUGAAGGUGGGCGCUGAUAAUACCCUUCACAAUAUGCAAGAAAAUAGUUCUCAACAAGGGAAUCAUACUACAAUUGAUAUGGGUGCCACGAAAAGAAAGACUGGAACGGAAUUACUAAAGAAUCAAAUCUUUGCUAUGAUCAUCAAGCGUGCGCUUAGCACAAUUCGUUCAUGGCAACUACUAGUUGUCCAAUUUCUUAUCCCUGUUGUCCUUUUAAUCCUUGCAAUUAUUUCCGGGCAACAAUCUGCAACAAAGGAACUUCCAAGUUUGGAUAUUGAGUUAUCUUCGUACCGCGAUCCGGUCACGCUUAUAAACUGCGAUGAAGAAGAAAUGUGUAAUGCAGGUGCCAAGUGGCUGAACGAUCAAUCUCUGGAAUUGAAGAAGGUGACGAACGUCUCGCAAGAGGUAUUGGCGAUUGCUUCCGUUGAACCUGGCACGUUUCGUUCCUCAUACAUCAUAGGUGCUGAUUUUUUGCCACCUAUAUCUGCUGGUGAUGUGAAUUCUCCUGAACCAAAGCGAUUAAUUAGAGGUUGGUUUAACAAUGAAGCAUACCACACACCACCUUUAGUAGUCAACUUUGUUUACAAUGCAAUCGUUAAGUUAAUUGAUCCUGACUGCGAAAUUUCUGUAGCAAAUUAUCCAUUGCCGCUCACAGCUAAUUCAAUGUUCCAACUAUUGCAACAAGGCAACAAUCUGGGUUUCCAGAUGGCAAUUAAUAUCGGCUUUUGUAUGUCGUUUAUUUCGGCGUUUUAUAUUCUCUUUUAUGUGCGUGAGAGAGUGUGUAAGGCAAAGCAUUUACAAUUUGUCUCUGGUGUCAAUGUGUUCACCUUCUGGGCAGUUUCCUACCUCUGGGACUGGUGUACCUACAUUAUUACCAUUAUUAUUUUGGUUGUCACCUUGAUCUGUUUCCAAGAAGAAGGUUUCAAAGAAGGAGAAUCUAUUGGUAAUCUGCUCUUGAUCUUCACAUACUUUGGGUUCUGUAUGAUACCGUUUAUCUACGUUUUAUCAUUCCAAUAUGAACUACCCUCUACCGGGUUUAUGCGAGUCAUUCUUUUUUCGAUUAUCAUAGGAGUGUUUGGUUUUAUAAUCGUCGAAAUUUUAUACUUUGAUGGUCUUGACUUGGAAAACACGGCAAAAGCCCUAGAUUGGAUCUGUCUCUUUAUGCCACAUUACUCGCUGAGUAAUGGCAUCCGCAAUACCAAUUUUGAAUUCCAGCGGAUCUUGCAAUGCCAAAAGCUUGUUGAUGCUUGCAUAGAGGAGUUUGGACUUACCGAGGACGAGUGCUGGUCUGGGGCCACGAUGCAAUCCAGUCAGUGUAAAGAGCGCACAUCUGAUUAUUACAACUUUACAAGGCCAGGCAUUGGUCGCAACAUUGUCAUUACAAUGUGUGUAGGCGCUGUUUUGAUGGUGGUGGUUUUCUUGCAAGAGUUUAAGAUGUUUGGGCGCCUCUUGUAUCUUUGGUCGGGAAGACAACCUCAGUUUAUAGACGCCGAUGUGGACGAUGAUGUUGCUAAGGAGAUGGAGAAAAUUUCAAUAAUGGAUAACGCCACCAUUAAAGACUACAACCUCGUGCUGAGAAAUGUCCGAAAACACUACACCUCCAAGCUGGUCAAACAUUUCCACGCGGUGAAAGGAUUAUCUUUAGGAGUGAAGAAAUUUGAAUGUUUCGGGUUAUUAGGAGUGAAUGGUGCGGGCAAAACUACAACUUUCAAGAUGAUCACCGGUGAUGAAAGUAUCUCUUCAGGAGAUGUCUUUAUAAAAGGAUAUAAUUUGAAGUACAACAUUAAAGAAGUCUACAAACUUAUUGGAUACUGUCCUCAGUUCGAUGCACUUUUUGAUGAUCUCACUGGUCGUGAAACUAUCGGUGUGUUUUGUUUGAUGCGCGGCUAUGAAUGGGCGGAUGUGAAUAGUAUAGCUACGUCUCUUGCGACAAGAUUCGACUUCAUUCAACAUCUUGAUAAAAAGGUGCGCGAGAUGAGCGGUGGCAACAAACGAAAGCUCAGCACAUCAAUUGCCCUCAUUGGUGAUCCACCAAUUAUAUAUUUGGAUGAACCCACUACAGGAAUGGAUCCAGCGACCAAACGUCAUCUAUGGGAUGCACUUUGUAAGCUGCGUGAUGAAGGAAAAUGUCUUAUCCUCACUACGCAUUCAAUGGAGGAGUGCGAAGCUCUAUGCACUCGCUUAGCCAUUAUGGUCAACGGGCAGUUCAAGUGUAUUGGUUCCACCCAGCAUCUGAAGAACAAAUUUGCGCGCGGGUUCUCACUGACAGUGAAAUUGAAAAAAAUGGCCGACUAUACCGAAGCAAUGCAGAGGCUGAUCAACUUUGUGGUUGCCAGUUUUCCGUCGGCGGUUCUGCACGAGCAGCAUCAAGAGAUGGUAACGUUCUCGAUACCUAACUCAGGUUUGCCAUGGUCAAAAAUGUUUGGUAUCAUGGAGGGUGCCAAAACGCAACUGAGUGUGGAGGACUACUCGCUUGGACAAUCCAGUCUUGAGCAAGUGUUCCUCAAGUUUACAUAUGGACAAGUUGCUGGCGUUUAACAUUUAAAAGCAAAAAGUGAUAACUUCUUAUUUUCUUAAUUUAUAAACAAUACGCUAGGUAAUUUAAAUGUUAUUGUAUUAUAGUUUUAAGGAUGGUAAACAAAAGACCUGUUACAUGUAUUCAAAUAUAAAAUAUAAUUUACGUACCUUCAUGAAAA